AUGCGUUUCCUCCCAUCACUGCUAUCUAGUAGCCUCUUCCAAAUGCCCAUUGCUCUCCUCAAGUUCCCAAUCGAUCUUCUUCGAGAUGUCUUCAAGCUUUGCGAUCCAUUUCAAUUGUAUUGCUUAUCCAAAUGCUCUAAACGGACCCAAAGAUCGAUAAAGUUGAGUGGUACAAGGAAUUGGAAAAUCUUCUCCGGUUCGAACAGGGCUGUUAUACACGUGGAUGAUUGGAGAUACAGUUUUCAAAAAGCUGAAAAGCCAGAAGCCCAUUUUCAACAAGACAAUUUCUACAAAUCCAGGAGUAUUCAGUGCCCGGAUGGAGAUGUCGAUUUGUUCUUCAUCUUACUCGACACCUUUGGAAUUCGCCUCGUUGGCAUGUUGAGUAUCGACCUUUGCAAUUUUGAGAGUGUUUCGAAAAAAGCCAAAAUUUUGAUCGAAAGGGACAUCGAAAUUGAAGAAUUCUGUAUUGGAAAUACUCGAGGAGCAAAAGACGCGGUCCACAUUAUGCCACUGGUUAACAGAUUGAAUAUUACCGAGGAGUUUGAAUGUUGGCCAAGGUUUCUGUGUAGGUUCCACUAUCAGUUAGACAAGUACCCAAAGAAGAUUUUUAUCAACUGGUCCUACUGGUUUGAUAUCAAUCAAUUAUUGAAUAGUACCUGUGUUCGAAUGAUACUGGACAAGUCCAUUCUGAGCAAUCAAGAUAUAGAUGUUUUCCUUCGAAAAUGGAAUAAGGCAGGAGAAUUUCCCAAUCUUCGGUGGCUUCAAAUUGCGAGCAAGAAACUUGACAACCGGUCUCCGAUUCUCGGAAUGAUUCCACCAAUUCAAACUUUCAAUUCUCCAACGAUAUUGUAA